CAUGUUUUUUUAGUCUUGCUGCGCUGGCGUCUCCUUGCUCAGAACACAAAAAAACAAAUAUUUGGUCAAUUUGCCAGACGGAACCAAGAGGAAUGCCUCACACAGGUCAGACGGGUGUCAACCAGUUGGGCGGUGUCUUUGUUAAUGGUCGACCUCUACCCGAUCACAUCAGACGACGAAUCGUGGAGUUAGCACAGAUGGGGGUACGUCCAUGUGACAUCUCGCGGCAACUUCUCGUCUCACACGGCUGUGUUAGUAAGAUACUGACGAGAUUUUACGAGACAGGUUCCAUCAAACCUGGUUCUAUUGGUGGCAGUAAGCCGAAGGUGAGGCAAGUGGCGACACCUCUGGUUGUUCGUAAGAUUUUGAACUUCAAGCAAGAGAACCCGUCGAUAUUCGCCUGGGAAAUCCGUGAUCGGCUUUUGGCUCAACGAAUCUGUGAUGAACAAUCGAUACCUAGUGUCAGCUCAAUCAACCGAAUCCUUCGAAAUGCAAACGCUUUUGUUGGGGGAGAUUGUGAUUCCCCUUCUUCCGGUCUCAGCCAACAAUCCCUUAGUCUACAAUCUCCUAAAUGCUUUAUGGCGGCUGCUACAGCUUCUACCUCUAACAUACCAGCCCGUCCGGGUUCAAAUCCAUCUGGCCCCGGUCUACCGCCAACAGCUGGACUUGCAACAGCAGCCCUAUUUCCACAUCCGGCUUAUACGAACAACUUCCUGCCCAUACCAGGACUUUCCUAUCCGAAAUUGGUGCAAGUUUGCAGCAACGGAUCAUCGACGAAUGGAGGAAGUAUGGAAGUUGAAUGUUCAACCAGUCCAUCACCCCGUGAUUCGACGGGCAGUGACAAAGAUGUUGACAUUAACAACGGUGAAGACGAUUCGCCGAUGCCCACUAAACGGAAAUCCAGUCACAUCACUUCCGAUGGUGGCACCGACGAUGAGACCCCGAGUCGAGUGAUGUCUUCAAGUGACAGUUCCAAGAAGACAGACCCUGAUAUAGAGCUAUGCUCCACAGAGUCACCGUUAGCAAAACGACGGAAAUUAACAAGCCACAAACUAGACAUUAAAGCGGAAAAAAGCGAUCUACCCAAUUUUGGGGCAGCCUACAGGUUUCCCUUGUGCGCAGGCCCUCAAUUUUUCUACCCUCCCGUUCUUUCAUAUCCAUAUUUAACAUCUUCACUGUCAAAUACCAGUCACUUGAUGUCAGCUUCUGGCUUCGCUUGGUCCAGUGCAUUCCCCUCUCUGCUGGCACAUUCGGCGAAUCAUGUGCCUCCCGGGAAAUCACCAUAAAAUACACAGAUCAGAAAGCUGGAAUAUAUUUAACUACGUUCUUCUGAAUUCAUAUUUAAAUAAUAAAAAUCAGAAGAAAAUAAAAACGAAAUAAAAACAUAAGACGUUCGAUGUAUGAAUACAAAAAAUCAUGAAACGUUUAUUAAUGACAAAUAAAAAAUGAUUAAUUAUGAAGUUAACAAAACAAAAACUAAAUAAAUAUAUAAAAAAAUACAAAGAGGAUUUUCGAGGUAAAAACUAUCGGAAUGUUUAUCAUCAGACGAAUUCUUGAUUUACCAUAUUUGUCAUGUUUUAUACAGAUGCACAAUAUUGAUAUCCAAAGAGAUGGAACGCUGUUAUAUGUGUGUGAGAGAGUACGCAUAUACAUAUAUGUAUACGUAUAUAUCAGAUUAUAUAUAAAUAUCACAUUUUAUAAACAUCACAUUAUAUAUAUAUAUACACACACACACAUACAUAUAUUAUACAUAUGUAUAUACAAAUAUAUGUAUGUGCGUGUGUGGGGGGAGUGUGUGUGCGUUAUGGCACAACGAUAGUAUCGAACAAUCGGGACAUUAUUGAGUAGAGCACUCGAUAAUGGGCAAAUCGAUCGAAACGGUCGUUGUGUCAUUCUUUUAGAGUAUGUAUUAUAAACUCUAUACUCGUAUCAUGUAUUGAGUACUACAUAUGAAAGUAGUCCAGUUCGAUUGAACCAAUUUCAAACGAGAUAAUACAAUAUCUGUGUGUGUGUGUGUGUGGACUGACUGAAUGACUCUACACGUGUCUGAAUGUAAUUAAGCGAACAAGUACUCAAUACCGGAGAAAGUAUAGUAACUUAUAUUCAAAGCUAAAUAUUGGUGAGCAGCCACUUAAGUCUCCCUUUUCUGCUUCAUAUUUGCUUUGAGUGAAAUAUGGCGCAUACUCAAAGUUUUGCCUUUCGUUUUUCGCAAAAAUGUCGAUCACAGCGACUGCGAACCAGCUGAGAGAUAAAAUUGCAGGUAAAAAUCCCGUAUUUCAAAUGAGACAAACGGUGUU